CAUGGAUAUCGAAUAUGAUCCUGAAGAGAGGGAUGAAUACAAUGAGUUCAUCAAAGAGUAUGGAUGGAGAGAGGAAUGGGAUUUCGAUAACCCUGAAUUUACACCACGGUGGGAUGAUUGGAGAGACAUUUUAGAUUUUAUUGAAUCACAAUGGAAUUCUAAAGCAGUUAAAUACUGGAGAGAGG